AUAUUUUUUUCAGAAUACAAAGUGAUAAGUAAAAUCGGGGAGGGAUCUUUUUCCGAAGUUUUAAAAUGUGAACACAACGAAACGGGGGUAUAUUAUGCUGCAAAACGGCUAAAAAAAAUUUAUAGAACCGAAGACAGUAUUAUGACUUGUGCAGAGAUGAUAGCUGCACAGAAACUUCCAUACCAUCCAAAUAUUUUAAAUAUGUUUGAACACCACUACGACUCAUUUUCUGGAAAAGUAACAUUUAUUUUUGAGUUAAUGGAUAUGAGUUUACACGAUUAUCUAAAAACAAAAAGAAGAGGAUUAUCCGAGCAUCGAGCAAAAAAGUAUUUAUAUCAAGUAUUAAGAGGCCUAGAACAUUUACACAGACAUGGUCUUUUUCACAGAGAUGUUAAACCAGAAAAUAUUUUAAUAAAAUUCCCUAGCCUCGAGAUAAUAAAACUUGCCGAUUUAGGGUCAGUCAGAGGAAUUUACAGUGUGCCCCCUUACACAGAAUACAUUUCAACAAGAUGGUACCGGUCUCCUGAAUGUUUAUUGACUGUGGGAAAUUAUGGAUCAAAAAUGGACAUAUGGGCAGCUGGAUGUGUUUUCUAUGAAGUCAUAACGUUGAGACCACUCUUUCCUGGUAGUAACGAAAUUGACCAGCUGUCCAAAAUUCAUCAAAUUCUUGGAUCACCGUCUAUACAGUUUCUUAGCAGAUUGAAAACAAGAUCCAGGAAUUGCAUAUUCUUUCCAAAACUGAAAGGUACAGGUAUUGACGCCCUACUUCCUUUCAUUUCUAGAAAUGGAAGGAAUGUUUUACGUGCUAUGAUAGAAUAUGAUCCAGAGAAAAGAAUUAAUGUCAAAAGGCUUUUAAAAAAUAAUUACUUUGAUGAUAUAAAAGAAGAUUAUCAAAGAAUAGAAAACAAAUCGCAAUGUAAAACUCAUGGGUGGUUAAAACCAGAGCGAUUAAAGAGAAGUAUGGGAGAUGAUGGAAGUUUAGUAACCAAUACUAAUUUGGUAAAACCAAAGAUAUUUAAACGAGAACAUUAUUCCGAUGAAGCCAGAAAAAGCAGUAAAGGGAGCACAAAAAGUCAAAGUAGUAAAAAAAGUAGUAGUUACAAUUCCAUUAAAACACCUACUGAAAUUCCUUAUUAUAAUGCACAGCAGCAGUUAAGUCCCCGCAAAAUAAAUUUUAGUAAUUAUACAUCGUUGCCAUUAAUAGAAUAUAAAGUUCUAAAAUCAAUGGGAGAAAAUCCAACAAUUUUGAAACCUAAUAAAGUUUUAAGAAACAAAUCUGUAAAGAAAAAUCACGAGAACCAACACUUAAAAGCUAAGAGCAACACAGAUACCGUAAACUGUGAUAUGGACGUAAAGACUACUCCCAUAAAGCAGCUUCAUUCGAAAUCGUUUGUUCUUCCAAGGAGAAUGGGGCAGCACAAGUUGGACACAAUAAAUAAUGAAAAUACCACAAAAUUGCAUAAAUCUGUUAAAGAAAAAAUUUGUCCGGGGAUUAGAUAUGCAUAA